GCAGCUGCGGGGAGAACAGAAACCAAGUUCCCCGGCAACAAGCAGCAUCAACCCGGCGGGAGGCCGGAGCCAGAGAGGCCCAAAAGGCUGCGGAGAGAGCCGGCCGCUGAGUGUACAGCGCGCCCCCCUCCUCCUUCUUCCUCGGCCGCCCAGCCCUAAAUUUCGACCAGCUUUUUCGCCUGCGGAAAUCCUAGGAAGGGGGUUAGGAGCAGCUGCGCCCCCCUCUCUGAAGCUGCCGCCCCCUGACUUUUCGGCGCUGCUCCCUGCCGCGUGCGCCCGGGCAGUGCACCUCGGCAGGCCCCAGCCAUGUCGAUGCUGCCGUCGUUCGGCUUCACGCAGGAGCAAGUGGCGUGCGUGUGCGAAGUUCUGCAGCAAGGCGGGAACCUGGAGCGUCUGGGCAGGUUUCUGUGGUCGCUCCCCGCCUGCGACCACCUGCACAAGAACGAAAGCGUGCUCAAGGCCAAGGCCGUAGUUGCCUUCCACCGCGGGAACUUCCGCGAGCUCUACAAGAUCCUGGAGAGCCACCAGUUCUCGCCACACAACCAUCCCAAGCUGCAGCAACUGUGGCUGAAGGCGCACUACGUGGAGGCCGAGAAGCUGCGCGGCCGGCCGCUGGGCGCGGUGGGCAAAUAUCGGGUGCGCCGAAAAUUCCCGCUGCCGCGCACCAUCUGGGAUGGCGAGGAGACCAGCUACUGCUUCAAAGAGAAGUCCCGGGGUGUGCUGCGGGAGUGGUAUGCGCACAACCCGUACCCCUCGCCUCGUGAGAAGCGGGAGCUGGCCGAGGCCACUGGGCUCACCACCACCCAGGUCAGCAACUGGUUUAAGAACCGGAGGCAAAGAGACCGGGCCGCCGAGGCCAAGGAAAGGGAGAACACCGAAAACAAUAACUCCUCCUCCAACAAGCAGAAUCAACUCUCUCCUCUGGAAGGGGGCAAGCCGCUCAUGUCCAGCUCAGAAGAAGAAUUCUCACCUCCCCAAAGUCCAGACCAGAACUCGGUACUUCUGCUGCAGGGCAAUAUGGGCCACGCCAGGAGCUCAAACUAUUCUCUCCCUGGCUUAACGGCCUCGCAGCCCAGCCACAGCCUGCAAGCCCACCAGCAUCAGCUCCAGGACUCCCUGCUGGGCCCCCUCACCUCCAGUCUGGUGGACUUGGGGUCUUAAGUGGGGAGGGACUGGGCCUGGAAGCAGUGACUAGGGACACCUGUAAAUAGAAAUCAGGAACAUUUUUGCAGCUUGUUUCUGGGGUUCUCUGCGCAUAAAGGAAUGGUGGACUUUCACAAAUAUCUUUUUAAAACUCAAAACCAACAGCAAUCUCAAGCUUAGUCGCCUUCUUCUCUCCGACUCUUGCAUUUCCCAUCCCAGUGCAGAGAUCAGGAAAACAAAAACCCAAAACCAAAAAAACCCAAACAAACAAAAGCACCCAGUCACCCAGUCUCGGUUCUGGGCAAUCCAUGUGCCAGCUUCAGUAGCUUUUCUUUCUUUCUUUCUUUUUUUCAGUGAAUGGGAAUUACAAAUCAACUGGAUUUUAAAUAUUUCCUUUUAAUUUAUUUAUGGAAAAGUCUUUUGGAAAGAGGAAAAGGAAAUGAAGAAAGAGAGAGAGAAGUCAAAAUAGUGAAAAUAAGACCCUCCAGCCGGGAGGAACUGGUUGCAUUCUUAAGGUGAAUAGAAAAAAUAUGAUUUUACAACUUUUUGAUGGGGAAAAAUUAAGUUUACAUUUUUCAUUAUUUAGUGUUAAACACUUUUAUGUAGAUUAAAAUGAAAGAACAGUAUUAGGGGGAAAAAAACCAAGUGCCUAAAUGUCUUAAUGCUCUCUGUGUAAGGCAGUUAGAAAUAGCAGUGACCAUUAGUAAUACAACUAUUUUUGUCAAAUUUAGUGGGGGUUUUUGGUUGUUGUUUGUUUUCUUGGGUUUUUUUAAAUGGCAAACUUUAGAAAUGCACCAAUAUGAAAAAAAAAAACCAAAACACAACACUUUCCUGAAUGCCAUAACUUCUCAUGCCCUUGAAGCUUUCAUAUUUGUAGCCUACUCCUGCUAAGGGUUUCCCUUGUUCCUAGUUUCUAGCCUGCAAAAAUAUAUGACAAAUCUGGCAACCUGGUAUUUGUUACUAAAACAGCAUGUGUUUUCAGGUUUCUUUUCUAUUGUACCUAAAUCAGUCUAAAUUAAAACUUAGUAGAACACCA